AUGGAGGCGACAAGCACAAAGGCGACGACAGGCUCGUCCAUCUGGAGACCACAAGAUUGGGUCCCGCCAUCGAAAAGUCUUCCCUCAAAUAAUUCCCAAACAAAAGAUGCGAAGAGUUUCCGAUCGAGAACUUUCACGAAUCAACAGUGGAGCUCACAAGAGAAAGCAACUCGACCCGCCGAACUGAAAUACGUCGCACCGAUUCCCUCAGAAAAGAAGAAAAGAAAUCGACAAAAGAAACGAAAAAAUAUUUCCCCGAGUCUCGAAUCGAAUCCGAUUUUGGCCAGUCCGAAGAAGAAAGAGGCGAGGAAAACGAAUGGGAAUGUGAACGAGGAGAAAAGUACCAAAUAUGAUUCACCGACAAUCGGAUCACAUAAAAUCACUGAUGAAGAAACAAUCUCACAACGGGAAAUUAUCCAAAAAGUGAUCCAAGUGGAGAAAAGCCAUCAACCGAGAAAAGAAAACGACGAAUUUUCAAGGAAAUUGGGAGUGAGAUGCGAUUUCGAUUUGGUCAGCGCGAUUAAAGGGGACCUCGAUUGGUAUAUCAACAAACACGCUGAGGCUUUCCGAGUGUUCAACGAGGCUCUCUUGCGCUUUUGUGCCAACAAUGCUCAGUCUUCGAAUUUCUACAAGCAAAAGGAGGAGCUCUGUCAAAAGAUUGUCGAAAAAGUGGUCCAGGUAUUCCCAACUCAGAAAGUCUCCAUUCACCCGUAUGGAUCAACGGUGAUUGGAACGGGGCUCCAGAAAUCGGACCUCGAUGUUUGUGUGGGAAUCGGAAAUUGUGAGGGAGAAGAGGUCGAGUAUGCACCGACUUCAAGUUGCAAGUCAAAGCUCGGCAAGAUUGCGAAAAACUUGCGUACACUCCUCCGACACAAAUAUCUGACUUUUGCCGUGAUUGGACGGUGCAAGGUGCCAAUCAUCAAAAUCCAACUCGUUCCUCACCUCGACGACCUCGAAAUCGAUCUUAACGUGAACUCUUUCGAUGGCGUGUUCAACUCGUAUCUCAUCAAGUACUACACAUUAGUCGAUCACCGAUUUGUGCAGCUUUCGCUUCUCGUGAAAUAUUGGGCCAAAGAGCUGGGACUUUGCGAUGCACAAGGGGGAAUGUUGAAUAGUCACAGCUACCAACUGAUGGCCCUUCACUAUCUUCAAUGCGGAGUCUCACCGCCAAUUCUGCCAAAUCUACAGUUUCUGCAACCGGAGAUUUUCAAUGACGAUAGAGAUCUCGAAGAAGUCACACUCAGCUCAACAACUGAGCUGCCACCGGUGGAAAUUCCUGCCUUUGAACAAAAUAAUGCCUCACUCGGUGAACUUUUAUGCGGCUUCUUCUACUAUUUCAGUGAUUUCCCCUGGCAAACCGAAGCGAUUUCGAUUAGAAAUGGGGCUGUUGUUUCAAGAGCUGAGAUCACAGAAGAAAAGGGCCAUUCACUCAUGUACAUCCAGGAACCGUACCAAGAAUCUAAUGCGGCCAGAACCAUGAAUCGGCCUCCUCUCUUCGAUUGGCUUCUCUCGUCGAUUGAGGCGGGGAUCCGUGGCCUCAACUCGUUGCACAUCGAGGUAAGCGAGGUUUGGGCGUUGAGAGACGGU